CUGUGCUUGCCAAUCCACACUCAAUUGUGCCCUCGUUGCUACCAUGAAGCUCGCUAAGGCUCUCGCUCUCCUAGCUGCCCUGGUGGCCCUGGCUGCCGCCGACUGUGACCUGCCCUACUGCAAGAUUGUGGCCGGGGUGGAGGUGCGGUGCAACGAUCCACAGGCGUGGUUCGAGUACCACCCUCAUCCCACCGACCGCCAUCUCUUCAUUCAGUGCACCACCUACGGUCCCCAAGUGAUGAGCUGUGCUCCGGGCACAGCCUGGAACCAGGAGGCCUCCGUCUGUGUCCACGACACCGCCGUGCCCAGCUGCAGCGCCGACGUCGGCAUCUGUGACUGCGACAAGUGUUUCAUGGCAGAUCCCCUCGACAAAACCUGCUACUACGCAUGUUCCCUGGACGCAAAUGGCCAGAGAGGCGUCCCUGUAGCGAUGAAAUGUCCCGCUGGUACAGUAUGGAGUCCCAGCGUGAACAUCUGCCUGUAGGUCACCACACACCACCACCUGACUAGCCACCUGGGCUGUGUGUGUGUCGCCAGCUGGCGCCCGGGAUAAGGAUUACAUUACCGUUCUCACACUCCACCUGCCUUACCAUUUGGCGCCCGGGAUAAGGAAUAUCUACGCUGUCCUGUGCCAACAGCAACAGUCUGCGCCCCCCUGAUGGACCAUCGACCGACACAGUACACUGCCAAGCUCUGACUUCCGGAAAAUAACUCUGAAUAUACAUGAAAUACUUGCAAACUUACUCUGGUGCAAAUUGCAACAGAGUUAACUUGGCAGCGUACAAAUAGUUCUAAGUUUAUCUCUUCAAAAUCUAAAUUGCUAACUUGCUGAUGCCUCUUUGUCAAAUAUUUCAGUCAAAAUAAACCUUUCAAGCAAGA